AUGGCGAUCGCUGGGAAAGGCGGCACUAUCAUUGCAACCCUGAUUUCAUUCUACAUCAUCAGUCUUGUCUCUAUGUGCCUGCGAGUAUAUGUCAGAUGUAAGAUGAAAAGAAUAUUUGGCUUGGACGAUGUCUUCGCAAUCUGUUCACAACUUACCUUUACUGUUCUCCUCGUCACGCUUAUCCUUGGAGCAGAUGCUGGAAUCGGUCAACAUGCCGCUAAUCUGUCGAUGGAACAAUUUUCGAAUGGUGUUCGCUACUACUUUGUUUGCGAACUAAUCUAUGUUACAACUACUUGGCUCAUCAAGACAUCUUUCUGUCUGACACUAUACCGCGUCACCACUAAUCGUGGUGAAAAAACAGUCAUUUAUAUUAUCUUGAGCAUUAUCUUCAUCUUCACCAUUUUUUACUUUUUCUUCAUCCUGCACACUUGCAGUCCCAUACCUUUGUUUUGGGAACGCCUAUUGCCUGCCCACUCUGGCACGGGGACUUGCCGUGAACCGGCGAGCAUGGUGGCCGCUACUUACGGGCAUGGCGCUGUCAUGCUCUUCGCCGACAUUUCUCUCGCAAUGCUACCUAUCAGCGUCUUGAAAGGGGUUCAGAUGUCGCGCCGCCUGAAGGCUACCGUUGUUCUCCUCCUUGCAAUCGGAUCUAUUGCUGCUGUAGCAACAAUUGCUAGACUUCCCUACGUACACUUUCUCGAGGAUCCAGAUUUUCUGUAUGCGAAUGCCGAGAUUGCUAUCUGGUCGGUUGUCGAGGUUGGCAUUAGUGUCAUGGCCACCUCGAGCUCAACCCUACGACCACUUGCUGCGAAGAUCAGGCUUCUCGCCAGCCGGACAGGGAGAUCUACGGCUGGAAACUUCAGCAUCGAUUUCGGCGCUGGUCAACGAGUGCCACCACAGCAAACAUUCGACUUGGAUGAUACGGUGGCCCAUCCAAGGGCAGCGAGGCUUAAGAGCUAUGCAGACGUGUUUAAUGUAGAUCCUUGCAUUGGCCUUCUAAAGGGCUCUUCGGAGGAAAGAAUCUUGGCAUUGCGAUAA